ACCAAAAGUUCAGCACAAUAGAGACGGCAGUGACCAACAACUUGUCUGAUCUCUGAGGUACGCCAAAUCGACGCGAUUAUGAAGUGCCUGGUGGUGGUGUGUUUGCUGGCUGUUUCUCUGGGUUUCGAUCCGACGGACGCUCGUCGGACGGACCCCAGAAGUCGUCGUGAUCUAGAGGCAGCCGCGUCGCAUCAUCACUUCGAAAAAGGUGGCGGCGAAGAGCACCACGCGGAUCACUUUUCCAAGAAGGGUGAAAAAGGUGACAAGGGUUACAAGGGUCACCACGAUCACGAGAAGGGCUCCAAGGGACACCACGACAAAGAAGGACACUCAGGUCACUACAGCGACCACGGUGGACACAAAAAAAGUCAUCAUCACGACGACGGGUAUCACGCCGAGCAUCACAAAGGCGAGAAGGGAGAAAAGGGUCACAAGUACGGAGAAAAAGGACACUACCAAAAAGGGCACAGCACGAAAGGGCAUCACGAGGUCCACAAGUUAGACGAGUACAAGAAGAACAAAGAAUUUUACGACGAACAUCACGACGAGGGACACCACGAAAAACACGGAGGGCAUCACCACGAGCACGGGCACAAAAAAGGCGGGCAUCACAAGGCGGGACAUCAUAAAAGUGGCCACCACGAAGACCACUAUGGCAAAAAAGGGGCACAUGAGAAAGGCUCACAUUAUCACGAUCACAAAGGCCACAAGGGCGCUGCGGGUCACGAUGAACAUCAUAGCCACCAUUCCGGACAUGGGAAAAAAGGAGGUCACGAGGAUCACAAAAAAUGGGCGUUCAAAAAGGGACACUAAGAUGAUACAGAUGUUAAUUGUUACGUUUUUAUCUACCUUCGUAUUUUCUGUUGUAUUAUUUAUUUACUAUGAAAAAAAUAUAGUAGUUUGGACCUGA